AUGACUCAAGAAGAGGCCCAGCUAAAUUCGGAGAUCGAUGAAUUUCCUGAAGUUCCGUUCUUUUACAUCCUCGACAAGUCGUUAACGAAACCACUUCAGGUUCAGGCACGGGUACUCGACAAAUGUCUGGUGGAGCACUUUAUAACGCACCUCGGUCUACUCGAGUAUCUGGCCUUCGUGCGGCAAAUCUUCUUCCUGGAGCAUAGUGAGAUUGCUUCGAGCCUUCUCCACCCACUCUUUCAUGAGCUCUCAAGUCCGUCUUCUUCUGACUGUUUACGGUCUGUCUUUGACCCGGAGAGCUUGAACGAGGCGCUCUCUCACAUCUCUAUUCAACGACCGCGGGGCAUGAUGGAAGACCAGCUGCCCUUCCGCCUAACUCGUCUACCGAAGCUGGAACCCUUGAAGGACGGACCGUUUUUCUUUGAUUCGCUCGCCAUUGUGUACGAAGCACCCUGGCCGCUAAAUAUUUGCCUUCACCGUCAUAUCCUGGCCAAGUACAACUCGGUGUUCUGCGAGCUAGCACGAGUCAAGCACGCUAUAUGGGCUUUGGAAGCAGUCUACCGACAUCUGCGCAGCUCCUGCCAAAAUCGUACCUACGCUUAUAGUGGCAUCUUUCAGGCGUCCUUGUGGCGUCAUGAAAUGGAACAGGUGAUCCGUUGUGUGGACGCUUACUUCGCAACGCAGGUUGUAAAGGGGAGUUGGUCUGCCUUUCUGCGUCGUAUUGGAUCUGAUAAGUGGUUUACUUCCGACCCCCUGUCUCCCAAUAUUGUCGCUUCCCUACCACAACAGCUCACAUCGGUCAGCACGUUGGAUGAGCUGUGCUCAGCCCACGAAGAAUACGUGGAUGGAGUUUUGACGUGGCAAAUAGGCGGAGUGACAAUGGGCUCACCAUUUGGACCAUUCCUCGCAAAUGUCUUCAUGGGCAAGCUCGAGGAAACAAAGCUCAAAGACACUAUCGAUGACCUAAAGUUCUAUGGUCAAUGCGUGGAUAGUAUCUUUUGCCUGACAAAUAAGACAAAUAAGGCGAACAACGAAAUCGCUUUCCUCAAUGUCCUCUUACACAGACAAGAGGACGGUUCAAUAUAA